ACUUGUUUCUGUCCGGUGCUUUAACGCAGACGGACUGAAGCAUCAUGACAGCAGCAGCUGGAGAUAAAGCUGUGAACGUGGGAGCAGAAGCGCAAAGCGACGAAGAGGCCAAACUACAGAUGUUACAAGGUGCAGCGUUUCUGACCACGGUGGCGUCUGCAGGGAUGAUCGCAGGGUUUGGCUCCACGUUAGCUCUGGCCAAGAAAAAGAGUCCAGACUGGUUUAAUAAGGGAGUGGUUUCGACAGCAGCAGUCCCAGAGAGCGGGGCGUCCCUGGCUCUCCGAGCUCUGGGGUGGGGGUCUCUGUUCGCCUGGUGUGGAGUCGGUCUGCUGAGUUUCUCCGUGUGGAAAGUCCUCGGUGUUCACAGCUUAUCAGAGUUUAGACAGAAGAUGCAGUCCAUCUUCCCUUCCAUCCCAAAGUCCGCCAAGGCCACAGCUGGAUCUGAACCUCUGGACUGGGACUCUGUCUUCAAGUCGAAGUGAUGUCUUCCAGCUGCUGGAGGACGAAUCAGAUGAGACAAGACUGAAAACAUCGAGGAGACUGGGCAGCUGUUUGUGCUGGAUUCUCUGGAAGCGGCAGAGACUGGAGACUCUGUCAGACCAGUUUGAUCCCAGUCUGGUUCCCAGGGUCCCAGUCCUGGUGGAGCGAUUGUAAAGUUGUGAGCUGUAAGAACUCAGAGUUCAGAGGUUUUUCUAAAUUCAGCUGCAGGUUUGGAGUCAGUUAAAAUCUGAAAAUGAUUUUCAGCUGGUGUUUGCCGUCGUGUUCCGGAAACGUCGCAGCGACGUCUGAUCCGAACCUGGAGCUGAGCCUGGAGCUGAGCCUGGAGCUGAGCCUGGAGCUGAGCAUUCACACGAACCUCUGCGCAGCCUUCGUGUCUGAUGAGCUUCUGGUUUCUGGGAGUGAUUUUUCGGUUCCUCAGACAAAAUGUGAACUGUGAUCGAUUAUCGCUGAAACCAAUCAGCACUGAUCGAUCAGGUUUGGAAUCUGAUCAGGAUUAUUGAGUACAGGCAGUUUGUGCUGUGAGUCCAGCUUAGUCUGAUUAAAACUGAUGAUGAAUUAAAGCUGAUGUUCAAAGCUCAUUUCUAACCCUGGAAUUUGCUCUGAAAGGUCCAUUUAACAGCUGUUAUGGAGCUUUUGAUCGUAUCACAUGAUCCUCCUCAGCAGGUGAGAGUCGUUCUCAUGGAAACUCAAAUGUUCAAAGUGCUCCUGAGCCGUUUAAGAAAAAAAAUUCAGAUUUGAACGUUUACACCGUCACAUGACAGCUGGGCGAAGUUCAUUUGAAAUGAUCGAAAGCUCCAGAACAGCGACUGUGGGUCCACCAACAUUAAGACUUACCUGAACAGGUGGCAGUGGAUCGAUGAACUAAACCGUGAGUUACUGUAACAAACCUGUGUCAGUGCUGGAGGCCUCUGGGUUCAUGGUGGUGACGGUGUGAAGAGUCCGGGUGAAAACUCUUUCAGUCUGCGUCAGUGUGAAGUGAACUUACCUCUGCUGCUGCGAGUUCACGGACAAAACAGUCUGAGACGUCGACCUUUCACCUCCGCUACAACACCACGCUGAGUCCACAAUCCAGACCACAAACUGAGUCUACGUCCAGGUUUCGAGUCCGUCUGUUCAUGCUGGCUCCGCCAAAUCUUGGAAGAC